GACUACCUACACACUACCAGUCGGAAGACUGCCUACACACUACCAGUAGGAAGACUGCUAACACUCACUAGCAGUGGGAAGACUGCCCACAUACUACCAGUGGGAAGACUGCUAACACUCACUAGCAGCGGGAAGACUGCCCACAUACUACCAGUGGGAAGACUGCCUACAUACUACCAGUGGGAAGACUGCUAACACUCACUAGCAGCGGGAAGACUGCCCACAUACUACCAGUGGGAAGACUGCCUACAUACUACCAGUGGGAAGACUGCCUACAUACUACCAGUGGGGAGACCUAGAGAAGGAUAUGGAUAUCAAAGAUUCACCUGUGAAGGGAGGUAUCUCUAUACUUCACACAGAGGAGGAUGGGAAACACCACUAUGAAGUGGAGAAGAUCCUCAAGUUCAAGAACGGAGGAGGAGCCUUCGCCAGGUGUGUGGUGUUGUUGUUCCUCAGAGAAGGAGACAAGCUCCUGACGAUCAAUGGAGUGGCCCUACAGGAUCUAUCCCCAGAGGCCUUCGCCAGGAUUCUGACGGAAGGAAACCCCAUGUUGACUGUCCACCAAGCCAGCAGGGCUCCUCCACCAGAGAGAUGCCCAGAGGGGGCUGAGGCCAGGGCUCUCCACCCGGUCUCCAAGGAGACCACCAUGCUCAGCUUCAGCCUGGAGAUGAGACGAGAGGACGACCUGGAUGACCUGGAGAGUGACUCCUAUCGCCCCAUGGAAGACCUCACAGAAGAGGAUGACAACAAAGCUGAUGAUGAGGUUGACGGUGUGUUCCUGGUUGCCAUGACGAACACCAGAAUCUCCGUGGUGAGGGGGCGUGGCUGCGGUGACGGGAGCUCUUGUCACAACUGUGGCAAGUCGGAUUGUAACUUCAACGAGGUUGUCAUGGUCGCAGAGUCCAGCAAAGUCACCUUGGUGUCACGAGGAAUGGGCAACUUGGAAAAAGUACAACAGUUGGACAACAUCUUUAUUGAAAACUAUUUAUACCACAUGUACCUUCGGCGUAAACUUACACGUAAGAUGUGGAGUAUUCCUAGUUUGUCAGCAACUCCAGAGAAGAUCACCAUCUAUCACUACAAGUCUGACUGUGUGGACGGAGAGUUUCGGGGGGUCCCUGUGGUCCUCAACUUCACCAGCUCUAACUGUUUCCUCAAGUGUGUUAAGGACGGAGAGAGAGUCUCUCUCUGUGUUGAGGCUUGUGACAAACACAGACUGAAAAGCAUCAGGAAGGAUGAUGAGGAGAUCCAGGCGUUUGUCUUCUACAUGAAGGCUGAAAUGAGCAAACAGCGCCGGUUUGAGUCCGCCUACUGCCAGGGCUGGUUCAUCCACACUUCUACCGAGACUAAAGUAGUUUUGGGGAAACCCCAGGGGAUGACAGGGGACCAGUCAUUCUUCUUUGUCAUCCAUAAAUGAUGAAGAGGGUUUGUUGUUUCUGCAUGUUAUGUUACUCUAUGUAGUUUAUUUUAUACCGUCAUUUUAUACCACCAUUUUAUACCACCAUUUUAUACCAUGUCAUUUGUAUUUUUUUAUUGAUCCCAUGAGUCCCUGGAAAACGAUGAUGAUUGCUGAGUGGACUAUACUGGCUACCAUAAAUGUGCUGUAGAUGAAUUGAAUGUAGAGAAACAGAGCCCAGGAAAAGUAUGGGGGUGUACUGAUAUUACAAUACGUAUGUGUAAUACAAUAAUGCAGCAGUGACCUGCUAUUCUGCUAUUGCAGAGAGAAGUAGCUAUGUAUCAUACACAAAUAAUUAGCAUUUGUUUGUAUUUUUCACUUAUUGAUAGUUUAGUCAGAUGAGUAAUGCUUUUAUAUUCUUUUUCUGUGACUUAAGUAUUUUUAUUUAGAAUAAAAUGUAUUCUAAAACU